AAUUUUCCGAUACGAAUCGUACUGGGAUGCAAUGCGAACGAUUAUCCCGACAAUUAUUUGAAACACGAAACAAACAAUAUUGGUUGGACGUGAUUUUGCAAACAUAUAAGUGUUUUGUACUCCGUGGAAUACACGAACCUAAAUUCCGCACGUUAUCGUCCUUCGCAGCACGUUCCUCAAGAAGGUCCACAAUAAUUCGGGAAUCAAUAGUAUCGUCUAUAUCCAGGUUCAUUAUUUUACGUCAUGUCUGUAUGUGUAAUUUACAAUUAUUUUUAAUCGUGUUUAUAUUUUACAGCUUGCCAAAACAGUACGAACUUCAUGAGAGAGCCAUAUGGAAUAUCGUAAAUUUGCCGAGUGGCAAACUCACUUCAGAUAACCGUUGUUCGGCAGAAAGGUUUUUACUGUCUUGGCUGCAGUAUCAUUACGAGCAACAGCGUGUGCGAGAUUGGAUGACCGAUCGCCGUGUAAUUUUAAAUCCGCGAGAGAAGCAGGAUGUAGCCGAGCACCGUAUGAUCCAAAAUUUUCAUCAUGAUUUGUCGGACAGCUUAGUGCUAAUCGCGGUUACCGUAGCCUACUGUCCUUUUCUGAUCGACGAAUAUUUUGGCAAUUUAUAUAUUUGUACGCGGAACAAAAAAGAGGCGUUGCACAAUGCUAUUUGUUUGAUCACUGCUUGGAGAAAGAUACGUCUUGGGUUUAUAAUUACCCCGAUGCAGCUAGUUAAUCCGAAUCAAGUGCAAAUGUUAAUGCUAGUCGUUUAUCUUUUCCAAAUAUUGCCAACAUAUGUGCCUUGCGCCAAGAUUAAAUUUAGCUGUCCACUAUCUCACACCGUAACGAAGCGAUUAAGCGUUUCGAAUCCGACCAACAAUACUGUAAAUUAUUUACUUUCGUUCGUAAACAAUACCAAUCGUUUUUUCAUUAUUUUGAAGCCUGCGUCGAUUUUACGUUUAAACGCGCACGGCAGUGGUCAAAUACAAAUACAAUUUCACGCCAGAAAAAUAAGGAAAACUAGAGUGUACUUGCUACUUUGUGGAUAUGCUGUUGGAUCACAUUUUGGAAGAAAUCAAACUAUCGUUUUGGAAGGUCAUAUCGAUAAUUUAGAAAUUUCUAACGAAUACACUAUACAAAGCAAACUAUAUGAGAUUGUCGACACAAGUUUGAGAAUCCGUGUACCCUAUCGAAAUGCAGCAGAGUACGAUAUUUGGAUGACGGAAGAGCGACCGAGUCAUCCCUCGAUCCUAAAAAUGCUACGAUGGUGUGAAUUGCGUGCUAGAAAAAUACCAAGAAGGCUUUUUCUGAAUCAGAAAUCGAUAAUCGUCGUUGAAGGUGUAUCAGAAGUGCAUUUAUCGAUCAGUGUAGCGUGCAUGGCACCCGAGCAACGAACAUUUUGGUUGAUCUUUCAAGCAAAGACUGGUGACUUCAUUAUACAAAUAAAUUCAAUUUGGCAAACAUCAAUUAAUGAUCAUAUCGUUGUCGAAUGGACGAGUCAAGGAGAAUGUAUUUGCUCAGAUCAUCAAAAUCGCAUAAAAAAUAUUUGUCCGUUUAAUAUUAACAUACUUAUACCAUCGCGAAACGUUCAACUCUGGAAAUGUGUUGCUGAAAUGUUUCAAAAAACUCUUGAAACCAAAGAACGUCAAUUCUGGUCUAAAUACUCAGGUACAUAUGUCGAACUACGUUUAAUACGAUGGUUGAUGGGAAAUGACAUCGAUUCCGCGGCUUUGGAAUUUAUCCAUAUCUUUAAUACCGCAGUCACAUAUAAAGUCACAAUUUCAGACAAAUCGAGUCCUCUUGUUAUGCCAGAAUUUUUCACUAUACAAGAUGUAAGACCGUCCUAUCAGCAAGUUCCGAUGAGCAUACAUGUCUUACCAUCAACUCCUCCAUUGUAUAAAACUACUAUUACUCUUACAUCUCUGGAUGGCAAAGAAUUUCGAGUAUAUAUCAUCGAUUGCUUACGAUCAUAAAGGCAAGUCAUCGUUAAUAUAUAAUUGCAUAUGGAUUUAAUAUAAAAACAAAUAGGAAAACGAGCUAAUGAAAGUCAAGGCGCAGAAAACAGAAGUUAUUUUCAAAAAAUUAAUUAUCCAGAUAUAUAGAAAAUUUGUAAGGUAACUGCUAAGGUCCUGUAUUCUGCAUCUUGGCUCUAAUUAACUCAUUAAUCCGCUUUAUGUUGUUUAUUAGAGUAUUUUCCGCGAUUUGUAUAUGAAUUAAUGUAAGAAUAAUUUAAUCAACUGUAAUUUUGAAUUCACUUUUCGCUUUGAUGUAGGCAGUUUAGAAUUGUGU